UGAAGCCACUAUACCAGCCCAUCUAACGUUUUACAGUCCUACCUAACUUUCUUUUUAUUGAAAUAAUAAAAUAAGCAUGUCGCUAACGAAUUAUUAUUCCAUGAUGGGUCUCGGGGCCGAGGAGCCGUACGGCGCGCACUUCAUCCCGGGAGGCUUGCAGAGUUCGACGGGCGCUUGUUCCAAGCCAGCCCGGGGAGCGGAGGAGGACGAGGAGGGGAGCGCCGGCUCCCACAUCCCGGAUUUUUCCCAUUUUUCCAACAAAGUCAGCCUGAACGGCUUCUCCCCGUGGACGGGCACCUCCACGUCCUCCUCGUCGUCCUCCCCGCAGCUGCAGUCCGUCCACGGGGGCUCCAUCCCGGGCCUCUUCCACCCACAUCACCUCCUCGGCCAUCACCACGCCUACUACGGUCCGCAGGCUCCGAGCCACGCCGAGCAUCACCUCUCCCCGUCCGCCGCCGAGGCCCGGUUCGUCCGCGGCUGGGAGGGGGUGACGGCCCCCGCCUCGGAGACGGCACUGCCGCCGGUCCCAGCCUCCUUCCCCGCGUGCGUCCGCGAGCCAAGCCCGACGUACGAGACGAUAAAACCGGAGAGUUCGCCGCCGCCGCUCGGCGGGACCGACGGGCCGAGCUUCACCAGCCCCACCGAGGUGGUCCUGGAGCGCCUGGGCACCGCGGAGGAGCUGGGGAGGACGGCCGAGCCCAAGAAGGAGGACGAGGACCGGAAGAGCCAGCAGGCGCCGCCGCUAGACCCGGAAAAUCCAUCCGCCAGCUGGAUCCACGCCAAGUCCACGCGGAAAAAGAGAUGUCCGUACACCAAACACCAGACCCUGGAGCUGGAGAAGGAGUUCCUCUACAACAUGUACUUGACCAGGGACCGGCGCCUGGAGGUGGCAGGACUUCUGAACCUGACAGAGCGACAGGUGAAGAUCUGGUUCCAGAACCGGAGGAUGAAGAUGAAGAAGCUGAUGAUCCGAGAAAGGAGGAGUAUGAACGAAUGAGCCGCGCUGCUCCAUGAUUUGUAGGGGAGGUGAUGAGUCCAAAACCAACUGCCAUGAUCGGCCGAGCGACGGAGGUGGAGCUGGACCACUCCUCCACCGGCAGGUUUUAAAGCAGAAAGGGUCUGGAGGGUUUUUUGUAAAUAGUAAGUUUGGCGUCACAGACGUGCUCAUCUGUUUUCCAUGUGGUUUCGUAACGUUCACAUCUGAAGCUGGAAACGCUCCAUGCAUUCUAAAUGUCAGAUGAAAUUUAGAAUUUUAGAAAUUGUGAAGGUGCAGCUGCUCACUCGGACUUUACGACUUAUUUUGAAAUGUUUCUGGGAGCUUUUUCAAGGAUGUUUUUAUUUGUUUUGCAUCAAACCCCCAUUCCUCCCAUUCAGCAGACGGUGUCCAAAUCCCCUCACUACUCAGAGCACCUUCUAGUGCGUUUACCAUUUUCUCAAAGUGUCUGAAUCUACAAUGACAAAACCCAGAAUACAGAAACAGUGUGCAUCCAUGCUCACUUGAAUGGUGAUAUGGACCACAAUGCAUUGCUUUUAAACAAUUUUUAUUUGAAAAACAAGUGAACUUUAAAGUUAUUUUUAACUAGAGUGGAAGCAACUUUAGUUAAUAGUCUUUGUAAAUUGUUCAUUUUUUACUGCAGCAAAUGAUUGACAUCACACUUUUUAAAAGUAGUAUAUGUUUGAAUUGCAUAACAGUCCUCCACAAUGGAUAGUCCUGCACUAUAUGAUCAGGGAGUAGUGAUGGAAAUCAGACACAGCCUCAUGCUGCGUUCACACCAGACAUGUCGCCUGUUCAACGCAGGUUCUUGAACGCACCUUUAGCGUGCUGCGUUCACACCGGACCAGGGGUCUGCAACCUGCAACACUUGAGGAGCCUUUUGGGACGAGCUCUUACUGAGCACAACCCAGCAAGAAGCCACAAAGUCUUACGUCACCCUUUAGAAAACUAGAGCACUGAUAUUUCAAUGUCACUAUUAGGUUAAAUAUAAAUUAUGCAUUGUUUUUCUUUCCAAAAAAAACACAAACAUGCAGAGAAAAAAAACAAUUGAAAAAGUUUUUAGCAGAGGUUCACAUGAUUUCCUUUCAAAAUAAAAUACACCCGGGUCACAUUGGACCCCCUCAUAGCAAAUGUUGUAUAAUUUCCAAAACGAUUAAAAAGUUUAUUUUACUAUUUGUGGUGCACCUUAGCCAGCAAUUUAAAAAUCUAACUAAAAUUAAAUCAGAAAUAAAAAAGUGAACACACUGUAUUUCACCUAAAAAUCGUAAAUUUGUUCAAAGAUAAAAAAUCUAAAUUAUCUGUUGUGUUUUAAGCAUGAAUUCUGGCUUUGCUUCCUCAAGUUCAAUUAUUUUCGUUGUGUAACUUUAUAUGCAAAAAUUCGUCAAAAUAUUUUAUUGCAGCUUAAACUGCAAAGUAGCUGCUCAAUGGAUUGUUGGAGCAUUAUGGGUAGUGUAGUCAGAUGCCUCUCAGAGUAACAUCUUAAUUUCCUUUAAUUUUGGGUUACUAAUAAAAUAUUUUAUGCUUUAAAACUACUUUUUAAAAUGAAAGUUUUAAUUUUUCUUUAACCAGAAAGCAACAAUGAAGAGGCAAAAGAACCACAUGUGGCUCCGGAGCCGCAGGUUGCAGACCUACCGGUACCCGAUACGAGCGCAUGCACUCACAGUUGGAAGUGAUCCGGUGAAAAAUGUCAAAGUGGUGUAAAUCUGGGGAAUCUUGCUCCAGACUUUUUCUUUCACAUAUCUAUUCCGAUCGAUGAAAGACUUGGUGUCAUUGAAUUCCAGCCGGACACAAACCACAACUAUUAAGUUCUCCUUCAUGAUCGGUUUUCAAACGGUUCCAUGAAUUUAAAGAACACCAUCCAUACGUCAAAAUCCGAGAUCCUGAUUGGUCAAAGUUAAACUGGUUUAGCUUUCAACAUGAGGUUGAGCCAAAAAGCAGACUAUAAAAACUAUUUUUUUUUAUUUUGGCUUAUGAGUAACUUCACACUUAAGACACUUUUAAGGGAUUGCUAGAUAUCACAAAAAAGUGUCUCAAUGACGUGAUUUCAGCAAAAGGAGCAAAAAUAGCUGAUCGAAGGGAAGAGGUCCAAACUUUGACCUCCAUUAAAAUGUGAGUUUUUGUUCAGAUCUUUUUUUUUUUCUAUAAGUAGAAUAACAAUAAGGUUUUUGUUUGAUUUUUAUUAAAUCCCUUUCUUUUUUUGAAAUUUUUCAAAAUAAGAUUGAACAUUGAUAUACGAACAUUUCUUAAGACAGAGCAGAUUCUUUAAUGAGGGUUUCCUAGUUUCUCCUCAUGACUGUAUGGUCGUUUGAAUGCGUGCUGCAGACACCGGUGUGAGCGUAGAUGGAAAAGUAAAUACAUGCACAAACAAUCAAAGAUUUGACUCCUGAAAAUGUGUAAAACUUGCAGGUGGAGAAUUUGUAAAAAAAAAAAAAAAAAAAAAAAAAAAAAAAA